CCCCGCCCACCUCUCUGUCCGGCCACUCGUAGGGGUGACAACUCCGAUUUUCUCCAGCUUUCGUGGUGGGAGUUGUUCCUCUUAUAAGCUCUCCGCUUUUCGAGGAUACCUUGUGUGUGAAAUUUCCCUCGAGUCAGGACCCCCAAUGGCGCCGCCAUCUUCCCAAACGGGACGUGGACCAUACAGCAGGGACGGAGAGGCAGAUUGAGAUAGAUUAUGACGUCAUCAGAACUGUGACCCUUUGAAAAGAACAGCGUCUCCCCAACAAAAUGGAAGCUUGUAUCGUGUGGUGGCAAAUCGUUUUAUUCGCCAACUUCUGGACUUUGAAUUCAUUAGCAGGCUCCGCAUCAGAAACUAAAGGAAGCUAUCAAGUUCUUCGACUGUAUCCGGCCUCUGAAGAACAAAUACACUCCAUCAGACGAUUACAGAUGAAAUACCAUCUUGACCCGUGGCGACAGGUGAGUCGACACUCUACUUCCGGCGACUACAUGGUCCGGCCGGCGCAUGCGCAGGCUCUGAGACAGGAGUUGGAGGACAGCAAAAUCAACUUCCGGGAAGUCAUAAAUGACGCUGAACGCUUUAUCCGGGAAAAUGACCCUCUACACAAGAUGUUCCGGCACAAGAGGUCAACUCGCCCUCAGCACUUCCGGCACCGGUUUCUGGAUUACGAUGAGGUGAACAUUUCUAUCUAACUUCCUGUUUGGGUCU